UUAUAAAAGUGGCUGUUAAAAGGUAUGAUUCCAAUUUUUGUUAGUUCUUUUGAAAUUUUUACUAUAAAAAACAAUUCGUUUCUUCCUGUUUUCUCUGGUUUUCUUGAAGCAAAAGAAGCAAAGAACAUUGCUGAAUAACCGUUUCUAUCUGUUUUCUUUCCUUCGAAAAGUGCAUUGCAAAAAACACUCUCUAGCUCGUUCAAACACAACUGCAAGAUGUCUAAGGUGGAUGAGGUCCAAGAGGUUUCAGCAGGAAAACCAAGUGAGGCUGGAGAAGGCCACAAUUUAAAUGUUUUGGAGUACAGCGAAAGCCCCAUAACAAUACCAGAUUGGUUCCAUAACCUUUCUAGCGGAAGAUCUUUCGGCACUGCUGUUAAGGACUAUCUUAUCUCGUUGUUUCCUAUUUCCAGAUGGAUCUUGCAUUACAACUCAACAUGGCUUUAUUCUGACUUGAUUGCCGGUAUCACUGUAGGUUCUGUUAUUGUUCCUCAGUCCAUGUCCUAUGCUCAAUUGGCAGGCUUGACCCCAGAGUAUGGUUUAUACUCUUCUUUUGUCGGUGUUAUGAUUUAUUGCUUCUUUGCAACUAGUAAAGAUGUCAGUAUUGGUCCUGUUGCAGUCAUGUCGUUGCAAAUCGGUAAGGUCAUUUCUCGUCUUCAAGAUCACCAUCCCAACAAUCUAAUUUAUAGCGAGCAUCCAGAAAUUGUUGCAACUACUUUCUCGCUUAUUACCGGUAUCAUAUGUGCUGCUCUUGGUCUCUUAAGAGUGGGUUUUGUUCUUGAAUUUAUCAAUACUUCUUCCAUUCUCAGUUUCAUGACUGCCAGUGCCAUCAACAUUGUUUCCGGUCAAUGUGCGGGUUUGUUGGGUUACAGCAGCAAGGUCUCCAACAAAGACUCAACCUAUAUGUUGAUCAUUAAAACACUAAAACAUUUGGGUUUGACAAAUAUCAAUGCUGCUUUUGGUUUGGUUUCUCUAUUCAUAUUGUACUUUUGGAAAUAUUCCUGUGCCUAUCUUUCAAAAAGAUACCCCAAAAAGGAAAGAACCUUUUUUUAUAUCCAAACUUUGAGAAAUGCUGUUGUUAUUAUUUUUGCAACCUUAUUUGCAUGGGCUGUCAAUAGAACCCAUCCAGGCUCUGAAUUGAAACUUUUAGGAGAAGUUCCAAGUGGUUUAAAGGGUGUUGGAAAGUUCAAAUUCUAUCCCGAUGUGGUUGCUGAUAUGGGUGCUGAUAUCCCUGUCUCUACCAUUAUUUUACUAUUGGAACAUAUUUCAAUUGCAAAAUCAUUUGGUAGAGUUAACAACUAUAAAAUCAAUCCUGAUCAAGAAAUUAUUGCUAUUGGUAUCAACAAUUUAAUCGGUACUGCCUUUAUGGCUUACCCAGCUACUGGUUCAUUUUCAAGGUCGGCUUUGAAAAACAGAUGUGGUGUUAGAACUCCUUUGGCUGGUGUCUUUACUGGUAUUGUCGUCUUACUAGCUUUGUAUUGUUUGACUGAAGCCUUCUACUUCAUUCCUAAAGCUGGUCUUAGUGCUAUUAUCAUUCAUGCUGUUGCUGACUUAGUCAGUUCAUACAAAGUCCCUGUUUUCUUAUGGAAAUCAAACCCCUUGGAUUGUUUUAUCUUUAUUACAGGUGUUCUCAUUUCCAUCUUUACCAGUAUUGAAAAUGGUAUCUAUUUCACAAUUUGCUGUAGUUUGGCUUUCUUGCUUUUCAAAAUCGCCAAACCAAAUGGGGUUUUCUUGGGAAGAAUAAAAUAUGCUCAAGUUAUCAAUCCAAAAAUCUUUUCCGAAGAAAAGGAAAACGUAUUAAUUGAAAACGAAUCCUCAAAUCAUUCUCUAAAUCUUGAUAAGAAAUCUUCAACCAUCAAAUCUAACGAUGUUCACUUUUAUAAUACAGAAAUCACAAAAUCUUUUGAUUCCUCCGAUGUCCAAUUUGUCACUAGAUGGGUUCCACUCAAUAAAAGAGACAUCAAUAAAGAAAUUGAAGUUUUACCACCUCCUCAAGGUGUUUUGGUCUUCAGACCGUCUGAAGCUUUUACUUAUCCAAACUGUUCUGCCCAGUUAGACUUGCUUCUUGCUGAAGCAAAAGAGAAAACACGACCAGGCAUAUCAUUAAAAUAUGCUAAAGCUGCCGAUAGACCAUGGAAUGAUCCUGGUCCAUUCAAUUGGGUUGAAAGAAAAAAAGCAUUUGUUGAUUUGGUUACUCUCAAGAAGUUUAAGAAAAAUGAUGCAACAUCAGGUGCCUCUGAGGUUUUAGAAGAAGAUAAUGAUCCAAGACCUCUAUUAAAAGCAAUUUGUUUUGAUUUCAAUUCAGUCACUUCAAUUGACUCCACUGGUUUACAAUCAUUAAUUGAUCUCAAAAAGUUUCUUGAAAUUUACACCAAUCAUAAUGAAGUUGAAUUUCAUUUUGCAAACAUUUUAUCACCUUGGAUUAAAAGAGCUUUAGUUGCUGGAGGUUUUGGUAUUGAUAAAUUUCAAUACAAUUCUGAAGAAAAUAAAGCAAAUGUCGAUGCUGAAAACCGUUCUUCUGUUCCAGAGAGAGGAGAUGAGAUUUUAUAUUUCAAUGUUACUAAUCAAAUUAAACAAUUAGACCAAGAAGCUACAUUGGCUCAUCUUCCAGUUACUGCAACCAAUUUCCCAUUUUUUCAUCUAGAUAUUCCUUCAUUUGAUGAGUACGAAUGAUGUAACAAAAUAUUGUGGUGGCAUUUCCCAUC